AUGGAUGACGCGCUGUCGCAGAUUAGCGAGGCGUUCCGGCUCGCCGGCGAGCUCACGGGUGAGCUCCGGGCGACCCAGAAAGGCCCGGCCUACAUCGCCGCACGCUGCCACGGCAUCGUCCAUGCCUACAACAGAGCCAUCCGCAUGUUGGAGCGCUACGGCAUGGGCGGCGUGGCCGCAGCCGCGCCACGUCGGCUGGACGCCGGGCCGCUGGACACCCCGCGCCUGCGCAGCACGGAUGAAGCCGUCGCCAGCCAGUUUCUCGGAGAUACUCCGACGCAUUUGCCCCACCGGCAGGAGCCAUUCCACAUGGCGGCCGGCGUGUUGGGCGCGCGAGUAGCGCCACCGCAUACGAUGUGCGCGGCUGCGGGCACGUCCGGUGGCCCGAUGAGGAGGCUGCCGUCCUCGAGGUCUCCGCCGCCCGUCCAGCCACGGCAGGGCAGGAGGAGGAGGGAAAGCGGGCAGAAGGAGCUGGUGUUGGUAACUGCGCAGGGAACGGGUAACACCGAGCUGCCACCGGACGACGGGUACACGUGGCGCAAGUACGGCCAAAAAGACAUUCUUGGCUCGAGAUACCCAAGGAGCUAUUACCGGUGCACUCACAAGAACUACUACGGUUGCGACGCCAAGAAGAAGGUGCAACGCCUGGACAAAGACCCCUUCAUGUACGAGGUCACAUACUAUGGUGACCACAGCUGCCUCACCUCCACCACCCCGCUGCUCGUCCUACCCACAACCAGUGUUACAACCUCUGCUGCUAGCUCCCCGAACGCUAUGACAGGCGCCAACCUCUCUAUUAAAGACCUCCCCAUGGUAUCGGCUGAGCAGAUGCAGUCUACUACACUGUCCACGUCAGUCGACCUACGCAUCAGCUCGAUGCCGCCAAGCUUCCAGGGUAUUUUGGCGGGUUCCGGCACCAGAGUUGGGAGCAACACCAACGCGAGGAUGAACGUGUCCACCAUAACGAAGGACAUGGAUUACCUGACUUUGGACCUCAUGGAUGUCAUGUUUAGCUCUGGCUACAACAUGGAUGGCAUCUUCUCUUCUUAUGAUUGA